AUGCAUUUCCCAUACCGACGUGCUAAGUCACGCCUGGGUUUCCUCACAAAAUUUAAAGUCCUUUUAGAACCAACAGUUGGCCUCGGACACAAUAGAAGCCGGGAAGAUAGCAAGCCCAGAGGUGCGGAAGGAAGCAUGAAAGGCUUAGGAUCUUUAGAUGUAUUGCUGUGUUCCGGAAUCGUUAUCAUUCUGACUCUAUCGACCGCAACGAAUGCAAUGGACACGUGUGGGAGGAAUGAAUUCCAGUGCCAAGAUGGAAAGUGCAUCUCCUAUAAGUGGGUCUGCGACGGUAGUCCUGAGUGCAAGGAUGGAUCUGAUGAAACCAUGGAAACCUGCUCAUCUGUGACCUGCAAGCCAGAAGAGUUCAGCUGUGGUGGUCGAAUUAAUCGGUGCAUCCCCUUAACCUGGAAGUGUGACUCCCAAACGGACUGUGAGAAUGGCUCAGAUGAGCAAGACUGCCCCCUUAAGACAUGUUCCCACGACCAGUUCCGAUGCCAUGAUGGGAAAUGCAUCUCCCAAGAGUUUGUCUGUGACGCAGACCGGGACUGUGAUGAUGGGAGUGAUGAGCUAGAUUGUCCAGACCCCACCUGCAAUCCAGCAACAUUCCAGUGCAACAAUACUAUAUGUAUCCCCAAACUAUGGGUCUGCGAUGGUGACCAGGACUGUGAAGAUGGCUCCGACGAACAGCCUGACAAGUGUGGGGGACAUGACUUGGUCAAGAAGCCCUGGCCUUGCUCUUCUCUGGAGUUCCACUGUGGCAGUGGGGAGUGCAUCCACAUGAGUUGGCGGUGCGACGGGGGUCAUGACUGCAAGGACAAGUCUGAUGAGGAGGGCUGUGUCAAAGCCACUUGCCGCCCUGAUGAGUUUCAGUGCAAUGAUGGGGAAUGUGUCCACGGGAGCCGGCAAUGCAACAAGGAAUAUGAUUGCAAGGAUAUGAGUGAUGAGAUCGGCUGUGUCAAUGUAACACUGUGUGAAGGCCCGAACAAAUUUAAAUGCCACAGUGGAGAGUGCAUCACUAUGGACAAAGUGUGUAAUGGACCCAGAGACUGCCGGGACUGGUCUGAUGAGCCAAUCAAGGAAUGCGGAACCAAUGAAUGUCUGAACAACAAAGGCGGCUGCUCUCAUAUAUGCAACGACCUCAAAAUAGGGUAUGAAUGCCUGUGCCCUGAAGGCUUCCGACUUGUUGACCAGAAAAGAUGCGAAGAUAUCGAUGAAUGCCAGAACCCAGACACUUGCAGCCAAUUUUGCGUGAAUCUCCCGGGAAGUUACAAGUGUGAAUGUUAUGAAGGCUACCAGACUGACCCAAUCACUAAGACCUGCAAGGCCAUCGGCACCAUUGCCUAUCUCUUUUUCACCAACCGCCACGAAGUGAGGAAGAUGACUUUGGACCGAAGUGAAUACAUCAGUCUCAUUCCAAAUCUGAAAAAUGUAGUAGCCUUGGACAUGGAAGUGGCCAGUAAUAAGAUCUAUUGGUCUGAUCUGUCACAGAAGAAGAUCUAUAGCUCUGAAAUUGACAGUGCCCAUAGUUUCUCCACUCAUGAUACUGUGAUCAGUGGAGAUAUCCAGGCUCCAGAUGGCAUCGCAGUUGACUGGAUCCAUGGGAAUCUCUACUGGACAGAUUCUGUCCUUGGCACCAUUUCUGUGGCCAAUACUAAGGGCUCCAAGAGGAAGACACUUUUCAAGCAGGAAGGUGCUAAACCCCGGGCCAUCGUGGUAGAUCCAGUUCAUGGCUUCAUGUAUUGGACAGACUGGGGAACCCCUGCUAAGAUUGGGAAAGGUGGUCUGAAUGGAGUUGACAGCUUCCCCCUGGUGACAGAAGAGAUACAAUGGCCCAAUGGAAUCACUCUUGAUCUUUCCAGUGAUCGUCUCUACUGGGUUGACUCCAAGCUUCACUCCAUCUCCAGUGUGGAUGUCAAUGGUGGAAACAGGAGGAUAGUGUUAGAGGAUAAAAACAAACUUGCACACCCAUUUUCCCUGGCAAUUUUUGAGGAUAAGGUCUUCUGGACAGACAUUAUAAAUGAAGCCAUUUUCAGUGCAAAUCGCCUCACAGGAUCUGAUAUCAUUUUGGUGGCAGAAGAUCUGUUGUCUCCUGAGGACAUUGUCCUCUAUCACAACCUCACCCAGCCUACAGGGGUGAACUGGUGUGAGAAGACUUCUCUCUCCAAUGGUGGCUGCCAGUAUCUGUGCCUUCCAGCCCCACAAAUCAACUCUCACUCCCCCAAAUUCACCUGUGCCUGUCCUGAUGGCAUGCACCUCGCUGCAGAUAUGAGAAGGUGUACCAAAGAAGCAAUCGUACCUGUUACGUCUUCCAAGCCCAUUGCAACAAAGGAGCCUAAAAUGACUACUCUUUCUGGCUUAAUAACAACCAUUACACGAAAGCCAACCAUCAAGUAUGGCACUCCUGACCUCACGACGGCAGAAAUGGUUACAAUGUCCCAAAAAGCAGUACUGAAUCAAGUGGGCAUACAAGAGAGUCAAGAGCACCAUAAUGGACCCACCGCUUUAUCCAUCGUUUUACCAAUAGUUCUGCUCAUUUUGAUUGCCUUUGGAGCAUUCCUGGUAUGGAAGAACUGGAGGCUCAAGAACAUCAACAGCAUAAACUUUGAUAAUCCCGUUUAUCAAAAGACAACAGAGGAUGAAGUUCACAUCUGUAGGAGUCAAGAUGGCUACACGUAUCCCUCGAGACAGAUAGUGAGCCUGGAAGAUGAUAUUGCAUGAAUGGUUGCCACAAGAAGUGCCUUUUACCAAAAGUUGCUGCUUAUUUAUGGGAGGAAAAUGCCUUUUCUUUCCCAGUUCCUUUAUCAACUGCUCACCUCCCAGGGCAGCCACUGCUGCUAUUUCCCAAGGGACCUGACUGAUAUCCUCCUACCUAAAGAAAGAAGAGAAAGGAAAACAAAAGACCCAAAAAGCCACUUCUCCACCCAUCCCCAGAUGAAUGGGCUUUGGGGGUGAUGUCUGGGCUAAGCUGACUGUCCACUUGGAGUUUUGUUUUAUAUAUUUAUUCAUCUUGGAGGCAGGACAGUCAAGCUUCUGAUGGGGUCUUUGAAUGAUGGCUUCUGUUGGUAAUUUCCCUUACGUGUGAAGGAGAAGAGAAACAGGAAACAAGAUGGGGUGAUUCUCUGGAUGUAAGGCUGCGAUAUUUCUCUGGUGGGAUCUGGAUGCUUCCCUUCACCACAGUCUUUUGGCUAAAGGAGUGAAGAUGAGGAAUGGGGUUAUGUGAAGACUUGGGGACUGAACUAAGGCACGGUGGUUUUCAGAUAGAAACAGGUGCUACUCCUGGGUCAGGUGCUGCGCCCCAUCCCUUCCCUACUCCCUUUAUCUCAGGAGUGAAAGUGUUUACUUCUUCUGCCUUGGAGUUCUUGGUAGAUAACUUGUUCUGAUGCCCACCCUCUCAUAAUCCAAACUUUGCCUCUUCCAAGCACAUCUGUGCUCUUCUCUUAAGCCAUUAACUUGCCUCAGAGAUGACUAGUAAACAAGUGUGGGGUUAGCUUGAGCUAAAACUAGCCUAACCCCAGACACUUAACCACUCAUUUACAGGAGCUCCUGGAGGGAGAUCUGCCACCAUUCAUCCUACAAUAUGCCAUAAUGUGCCACGCACUAUCCAGUGAACUCCAGCUAGGCCACUUUUGUCUCGGUAGUUCUUUGCCAUUUUAUGAAGUUGUUUUUUAGGGUUUUUUCCCUCCACUGAAUGCCUCCCUCUCUUCCACUUGCCCCUCUUUCUUUUCAUUGAUAAAUUUUGUCUCUUCCUUUUUUUUCCUUGCACUUUUUCAGUUCAGGGUUGUAUAUUUGUAAAUUUUAUAUUUUUAUUAUAAUUUUGCACUGUUGCUUUUGUAUAUAUUUUGACUAAUAUUGAAGGCUUGGCCAGAAUGACCCAUUGUAAAUUGCCAA